AAUGUCUUCUAUUAAUUUUUACCUAAAUGUAUCGUUCUGAAAACUAAAUUUAAUAUAGUUUUUAUUGGAGCCUUACUAAUAUUAAUUUCACUUUAAAAAUUCAUUACACUGCAUUAUCAUUAUUUGAAAUACCCAUUCGAUAUUGUUUCAGUGUCCCAACAACGCCGGUUCCACCUAUUUCAAUUACAAACAAUCGCACAGCAUUGUUCUAUUGUGUAUUUGCGAUGCAAAUUACAUUAUCCGACUUGUGGACAUCGGAGCAUACGGCCGACGAAGUGAUGGCGGAAUUUUUGGAGACAGUGUCAUAGGGAGAAAUUUCGAUUCUCAACGUAUGAACGUGCCGAAGCCAGCAGCUAUUGAAGGUGGACGAAUUUUACCAUUCACUCUUGUGGGAGACGAGGCUUUCCCCUUAAAACCAUAUCUGCUUAGAUCUUACCCAGGCAAAAAUGGAUUGACUCCGCAGCAGGAUAUUUAUAACUAUCGGUUAAGUCGUGCAAGAAGAAUGGUCGAGAAUACAUUUGGUAUUUUAGCGAGUCAGUGGCGAGUGUAUCGUAAACCGAUUAUUGCUCUGCCACAAACUGCUACAUCAAUCGUGCAAGCAACAGUGUGUCUGCAUAACUGGCUCCGAAAAGAAGACAUCGGAAGAAAU